AUGUCGACGCCGGAGCAGGAAACCCGAAGAUAUGUGGGGAAACUGAAAUCUGUGGGCGGGAUGUACGGCUUCAUCACAUGCCCAGAACUAUCCGAGACAUAUACACGAGACGUGUAUGUAACUCAUGGGGACUAUGCGGGCAAAUGGGAGGUAGGAACAUCAGUGAGCUUCACGGUGGCGGUCAAUGACAAAGGGAAGCCACAGGCGCGGGACGUGCAGCAGAUUGACGGGGACCAUCGUGAGAUUGAAGUCGAUACCUCGUCAGACCAGAACUUGGACCAAAACUACACGUCGUCUCCAGCGGGGACAGGGUUUGUGACUCCACUCAGCCAGCCGCAGAUGCCAGCAACUCCACUGAGCCAGCCACAGAUGCCAGCAACUCCACUGAGCCAGCCGCAGAUGCCGGCAACUCCAGCGAGCAGCCAAUUGCCGAUGACGCCGGCAAGCCAGCAACCCACACCGGCAGCCACGGCCCCACAACGAACUCGCCUGCCAUCAUCCAGUUGGGCUGAUAUGGUGGACGAUGACGAAGAGGUGCUAUCAGAUGGACAAACUGAGCCGGAGCCGGUGACGCCGAUGCCGGCAGAGCCAGAAAUUCCAGUCGAACCCACGCCUGAGACAUGUGAUGCUCCCAAGAAGGCUUCUACUCUGGUUCAGGAGUUUAACUUGGAUCCAAACCUGGCCGGCUUCGUGCUUUUGGAUGCUCUUGAGACGGCGAUUGCGGAGAACCAGCCGGAGACUAUGGAAGGGCCACCAGCGCAGUCGGAGGUCGUGCAUGCUCCCACACAGACGGAGCUCAAACAGCAGGGGAACAGGUUUCUGUCCCUGCCGUUGACGGCCCUGUCCUUCGGAAGUACGGAAACCAUGGAUCAAAUCGAUCAAAUUGAGCGAACACCCGAUGCAUUUGAGGGUGAAGUCGCCUCGUGCCUUGGUUUCUCCAUGGGCGCUCAGGAGCAGAAAGAGGAGCCACAGCUGCCUGCUCCAGCAGCUCCUCAAGCCAGCGAGAGCAGGAGCCAAGGAGAGCGCCGAGUGAGUUCAGCGCAGGCCAUCGCGGGCAGGGUCAAAGCUGCUUUGGUGGAGACACAAGAGGCCCGCAAGAAUCUUUUGGGACCGCCACCGCUGGACGAUGCCCCUGAGAAGCCACGCUGGCCUUCUCGCAUCCAAGCUCGACGAAUGACGCGCGAAGUGCAACAUGAACAGCUGCAGUGGCACCAGCAACAGGGUCUGUGGCCACAGACACUGAACCGUGGGCCGCGCCCGCCGAAUGUUCCUCCGCCUGCAGUGCUGCAAGAGCCGCCUGGCCCACCUCCCGACCCCAACAAGAAGAGGCUGUCCGCUACAGCACCAGUGUUCCAGCCCGGCCAGUCCUGGCAGCUUGAGGCUACCGGACAGCAGGGACAGAGUGCCAUGCCGGCACCAGUCCAGAGCCAGGCACCGAGCCCCCAACCCAUGCCCAUGCCAACCCGUCAAAAGCAGCCACCGGGACCUCCCGGACCUCCGGGACCUCCCCGCCCUCCACCACGCGACAAUCGCUCCCCGCCACAAGGAUUUCAGAUGCAGGGUCAGGGUCCUCAGCAAGAACUUCGCCCUCGCCCCGAAGCACACUACAAGGGAGCGGGGCCACACUGGGAAGGACCACACGGACCGCAGGAGCACUACCCACAGUACCAAGGAAGGCCCGCGCACUAUCCACAGCACCAGGCGCCCCAUUUGUCAGCUGCGCAGGGCCCGGGCCCAGGCGCCUAUCCACCAUCUCGCUGGCCCGAUGAAGUUCCCGAGCGAGCCCGUGAGGGCCGCGAGGGCCGCGAGGGUCAAGGCAAGCGCCGCGGAAGCGAUCCAGCAGGAGGCACUUGGGGUGCCACGGGCAGGAACCAGCCUGUCGAAAACUGGGAGGUGGAAGCCAAGCGUCACUGGCCUGGGCCCAGACCACAGGAGCGCUGGGAGGAGGGACAGUGGGAGGGCUGGGAGGAAGAAGGCGGCGGAAGCUGGGCGGAUUGGGAGCCACAGCGCGGCAACUGGACCAACAAGAACUGGAAUCAGAACGAGUGGCGUGGAUGGGAGGAAAGAGAAUGGAGCGGACGGAGCCAUGAGGGAAAAGGCAAGGAAAAGGGCAAAAAGCAGCAACGGCCACCCAUGCGAGCUCGCAAGGGCAGUGAUGAGGUUACUGUCAUUUCAUCGACCAGCUCCUCUUCGUCAGACACGCCCUCUCCACCACCACCACAGGAUCGGAGCAACGGGGGAAAAGGAAAUGGCCGAGCCCCACGGGCAGCGCUGCGGCGCAUGUAUCAGGAGCAGCGGGAGGCCGAGAGGGGCAACGGCAACGGCAACCCUGGAAAACGACGAGAGCAGGACCAUCGUCGCCAGCGAGGAUGGCAGUCCAAGUAG